UGCGCAGUGCGGCGCCGAGGGCGGUGGCGCGCGCGCGUGCGUGCUGCGGUGAGCAGCCUUCGCUUCGCCGGACUUUAAAACAUACAUCAGAAUGGCUUCAAAAAGAGCCCUGGUCAUCCUGGCCAAAGGAGCAGAGGAAAUGGAGACGGUCAUCCCUGUAGAUGUCAUGAGACGGGCUGGGAUUAAGGUCACCAUUGCAGGUCUGUCUGGAAAAGACCCAGUACAAUGUAGCCGUGAUGUGGUCAUUUGUCCUGAUGCCAGUCUUGAAGAUGCUCGAAAGCAGGGACCAUAUGAUGUGGUGGUUCUACCAGGAGGAAAUCUGGGUGCACAGAACUUAUCUGAGUCUGCUGCCGUGAAGGAGAUCCUGAAGGAGCAGGAGAACAGGAAGGGCCUCAUAGCCGCCAUCUGUGCAGGUCCUACGGCUCUUUUGGCUCAUGAAAUAGGUUUUGGAAGCAAAGUUACAACGCACCCACUUGCAAAAGACAAAAUGAUGAAUGGGAGUCACUACAGCUACUCGGAGAGCCGCGUGGAGCGGGAUGGGCUGAUCCUCACCAGCCGCGGGCCCGGGACCAGCUUCGAGUUCGCCCUCGCCAUCGUGGAGGCGCUGAGCGGCAAGGAGGUGGCCGACCAGGUGAAGGCGCCCCUGGUUCUUAAGGACUGAGGCCUGCCCUCUGCUGCCCGCUGCAGAGGCCUGCCGUGCAACGCGACCCCGUGCCCAGCCUGCGCACUGUGUCCGUACAUCUCUGAGCCUUGCUUGCAGAAUAAACAGGGCGUCCGCUC